AUGCCGGACCAAAGCCAAAAUGACCAGAAUGCAACAAGGAAUCGUUUAAGCUUCCACCGAUUGAUGUCAUUGAAAUAUUUUGACAGCAAUCUCUAUUUGACUAUUUUUGCUCAUUGUUUUCUUCCCAACUUCCUCUGCACUAUUGUUUCCGGCUCUACGACGCGCAAGUCACCGGUGCUCGUCUUCAUCCACGGCGAGUCGUACGAGUGGAACUCGGGCAACCCGUACGACGCGAGCGUGCUGGCGUCUUACGGUGGCGUGGUCGUGGUCACCGUCAACUACCGCCUCGGCAUCCUGGGCUUCCUCAACGCCAACUCGGACCCCAACAUGCUGUCGCCCUCCAACUACGGCCUCAUGGACAUCAUCGCGGCGCUGCACUGGCUGCAGGAGAACGCGGCGGCCUUCGGCGGCGACCCCGGCAGCGUCACGCUCAUGGGCCACGGCACCGGCGCGGCCUGCGUGCAGCUGCUCCUCAUGUCGCCGGCCGUGCCCGAAGGCCUGCUGUUCCGGCGCGCCGUGCUCAUGUCGGGCUCGGCGCUGAGCCCCGGCUCGCUGGUGGGCGACCCGCUGGGCUACGCGCACGCCGUGGCACGCCACGUCAACUGCUCCACCGAGCUGCCCGGCCCGUACCUGCUGGCCUGCCUGCGCGAGCGGCCCCUCCACGCGCUGCUCACGGUGCCGCUGGACCCGCCGGACUUCACCUGGGCCUUCGGGCCCUCCGUCGACGGCGUGGUCCCUUGUGUGCAGUCCAAACACUCCAGUCUUUAG